AUUUGAGAAAAAAGAAAUUUUAUUUCACAAUAAAAAAAUAGUUUGUAUCCAAAAAUAACUCAAUGAUGUAACUAAUGACGACUAUGAUAAUUGUAAAUCAUUUAUAAAGCUACUAUUCAGAAGUCGAAAUAAUUACCAACAAAAUUUAAUGUUUUCUUUGGAAUUUGAAUGUAAUCUUUCCUGAAAUUGUAACUACUUAUAAGCAAUGCGAUAACAAAUUAGAUCAAUUGAACAAUAGUUAUUGUGAAUCCAAUGUUUUUGUUGUUGAAUAAUUAAUUAUGCUUUAUGCGUAUAUAUUAGACACGACUUGUUAAUAAACAAUUCAGUUCAUCGUGAUCAUUAAGUAAAAUAGAUUCAAAUAUGAAUGUUUUUAAAACCUUACGAACUGUAAUUUUUUUUGUUUAUCUUAUGGUGAAUGUUCAAGCUUUGCCACGACUAACAUAUCUCAAACUCGAUGAUUGGGCUUUAGAUCCAAUACCUACUUUCCAAUGGAUCCGGAUGCCAUCAAUUCCACAAUAUGUAGUAAUAACUGACACAAACACCCAAAUUUGUCCCUACGAUAAAUACUGUUCAUUUUUCUUAAACUACAUAAUAAAUUAUGAGAGUUUAAGACAGCCAACAAAAAGUAUUGCUGCUCAUUUUUACAUUGGAGGUGAUGGGCGCAUUUACGAAGGCCGUGGAUGGAAUUUCAUGGGAGGAAAUAAUUUUGGUUGUGAUGAUAAUACCUCAAUAAUUGAAAUCAGUUUCAUUGGAAAUUUUAAAUCAUCGGCAUUUCCUCUUGUGCAAUUUAAAGCUGCUAAUAAACUGAUAAAAUAUGGUAUCAAAAGUGGAAAAUUAUCUAAGCAUUACAAACUUUUUGGAGGAUGGCAAUUAAACAAUGAAUUUGUGAUGACAAAUAAAAGUAAUAUAGAAUUAAUUGAAACAUGGCCUCAUUGGGAUGAAAAUGGUAGUAUUUGCUCAGAUGGUUUCAGUAAUUAUAUUCCUGUUAUUUACUAAUGAAGUCGUUAUUAU